AUGCCUGAAAAUUAUACGUCAGUUACUUUACUCGAAGCCUAUUGUCUUUCGUCACAAAUGUCACCAAUCAUGGAGGAAAUUCUUUCUGAUUCCAACAGCGUUCUUACUUCAGACGAGCCAUUGUCACCAACUAUACAGCCUCAACGGAGGUUAAAAGCCAGGCCGACCACACAGCUUUCGUUUGACGCUUACAGCUCUUCCUCCUCUGGAUCGUCAAUAAAGAGCUUUAAUGCAGCUUCAAAUAAGGUUGACACUGGUGCAGAUUUUCUUUUGGGCAUAAUAAGCAGAUCUAAUCCAGUUACGUCUUCUGAACGAUCCACAAUUUCCCCUUUUCAUACUGUCAAAAUCGGCAAGAGAUCAUCUAGUAAUAUUAAGCUGCCAAAAGAAGAUCCUUCAGAGGAAGAAGAGUUAGACCAACCAGAUAUUUGUAUAAACUCUGACGUUCCUUUGGAUCAUAGUGAAUCCAUAGUUUCAAGAAAUGAUAUCUCCGCGAUUACAGACGAUAAAGAAUAUUCAGGUUACCGGCGCAAGUAUGGAAAUGAAGGUCGAAGGUACCCCCAGUCUAUGACUUGGUCGCAGCAUAGGAAACACUUUUUUAUCCUAAGUAGUGCUGGAAAACCGAUUUACACUCGAUAUGGUGACGAAUCACGUAUCUCAAGUUAUAUGGGUGUAAUUCAGGCUAUCGUUUCAUUCUUUGCUGAUGCUGAUGACACAAUAAGGUCUUUUGCUGAAUCAAAAAUUGACAAUACUCUAUUCUUGACAAAGAUUUUUGAACAUCGAGUUAAUUUUGAUCUGCGUCGAUUGCUUGGAGGAACCGAACCGUUUCUGGAUAAUCUUGCUUCUACAAUGAGUGAUGACCCGGGUUUUAUACUUAGUUCAAUCCAGUGUGUAAAAAUGUGCAAAGAUUUACGCGAUAAAAUAGGAGGUAUAAUGCAAUUAAUAAAAUCCAAGGAACUUUUGUAUGCCAUGUUGAUAACGAAUAAUAAGUUAAUAACACUGCUUAGACCGAAGAAACAUAGCCUUCAUCCAGCAGACCUUCACUUGGUAUUCAAUAUGGUUAAUGGAUCUUCGACUUUUCAAUCAGUCGAGUCAUGGACACCUAUCUGUCUUCCAAAAUUUAAUAAUAAAGGCUUUCUUCAUGCUUAUGUAUGCUAUAUUGUCACAAACGUAUGCUUGUUGUUUAUAUCACCAGAUAAAGAUAAAUUUUUCGAAUUUUCUGAGGCGAAGAGCCUUUUAAAGGAGAAAUUGUCUGCUUGCAAUGCUUUGCAAGAAAUUGAAGAGGCAUCACAAAAUGAAGGCUACUCUAUUGCCGAUAUAGGUGUUCCAGGUUUGCGUCAUUUUAUUUAUAAAUCGAGGACGCAUGUACAGUAUACUUCACCGACUUUUGUUUCACCUUAUAAUGACCCUCGAGAAAAACAAAAGUUAUUUAAAUUAUAUCGUUACACUCAUGACCGAAUGCAUUCGCGCUUGAGACCUCUUAAAGUUCAUUAUUACGUUAGUUCCACCGAAACAAUAUUAGGAUGGAUAACUUGUAGCUUUGAGCUUUACGCUGCAUUUGGUCCACUGAUGUCGAAGUCUGCACUGACAUCCUCAUCUCAUACGUUGCUAAGAUGGAUAAAAAAGGAAGAAGAAAACUUAUUCAUCGUUUCUUCACCAGUGUUUUAA